AAGAGUAGACAUGUCUGCGCCCUGUCUUCAUCCGGAGCUCAACCUCCCAUCAAUGACAUAACACUGGGUUUCCACCUGUAAACCAGGAUCUCCAGCUGAUGAACUCUUGUUAUCAGUUUUAAAUCCCGUGUGAAGAUGUCGGACAACACGCAGCCGGAGAGCGUGUCCGGAAACACGCGCCACAGAUCUGUGGUGGCGGAGAUGCUGGCGAAGAACUUCGAGAGGCUGUCGGACUCUGACCGGAAGCUCUUCCAGUACGGACCCUUGUAUCUGGGGGGUAACGGGGCUCUCGCAGGGCUGGUCGCCAACAGCCUGUACCGCAGAGCCCUGAACAUCACUCAGGCGCCAAUCACCUCCAGCCUGCCGAUGGCGGCGCUGCCGUUCAUGACCACGGUGGCCCUGUACCACGCGUCGGUGACCAGCCCCCUCCUGUCCGGCGACCUCAACUGUCCCAGCUGCGUCCUGAUCCGGGGCGCACUGGUCGGCGUGGUCGGUGCCGGCGUGUACCCAAUCCUCCUGGCCUUACCCGUCAACAUCGGCCUCGCCACCAGGUACAGAACGGCGCCCAUGCCGGAGAAGGGCAACAUGUUACGGUACUGUGCGGACCUGUCCCGGCCGAUCCUCAGGAAGAUGAGGGCGGUGCUGGUGCUGCAGAUCUUCUUCGGCACGUACCUCAGCUCCAGGCAUUUCGAGACGUACACCAAACUGGCACAGAUCACAUUCGGUUCAGGUGGAGAGGAACUGAAAGACUGAGACUUACUGAGCUCCAACAAACACGAGCCUUUCUAUUGAUUCACUGACAGUUGUUCUGCCAGAAAUGAAAUCAAGUGUGGACUUUUUCUGGUAUUGCUGGUAUUUAAAAAUGAAUAAUAAAUGAGCUGUGCAAAC